UCCUGGUUAUGAAAUCCAAAGGGAGGGACCGAGACUGAUUGUCCCCAAACACGAAGGAUCAGAGCCAUGGAGCCCCGAGCCCUUCUCCCACUGCUGUUGGGAGCCCUGGCGCUGACCGAGACCUGGGCUGGUGAGUGCGAGAACCGGAAAAAAAAAAAAAGACCUCUGCGCAGGAGAGGCUCCCACUCUCUAAAGUUUCUCAUCACUGCCAUGUCGCGACCCCUCCGCGGGGAGCCUCACAUCAUCGAAAUGGGCUACGUAGACGACACGCCAUUCUUGCAAUUUGAGUUUGACGCUGGAAUUCGGAAGAUGGAGCCACAGACGCCUUGGAUGGAGCUGGAGGGGCGGGAGUAUUGGCACCGGGAAACACAGUAUGCCAGAGGGCUACAGCAGAUUUACCGAGACGGCCUGAAGAUUCUGCUCAGCUACUACAACCAGAGCGACAACUUGUCUCACACCUUCCAGAGGGUGUACGGGUGCGACGUGGGACCAGACUGGCGCCUCCUCCGUAGGUUCUGGCAGUACGCCUAUGACGGCACCGAUUACAUUGCUCUGAAUGAGGACCUACGCUCCUGGACCGUGGUGGACAUGGCAGCUCAGAUCACCCAACGCAAGUGGGAGGCCCAGGGAGUGACGGAGACAAACAGGGCCUUCCUGGAAGGGAGGUGCGUGGAGAUACUCCGCAAGCACCUGGAGAACGGGAAGGAGAUACUUCAGCGCGCAGGUAUCAGCAGCGGCGGGGCAACUUGAAGAUCUCCUGUACAUUCCCCCAUGCGCCUCUUGCAAAAAAAGGAGAAUAGUGUCCUCCCUCUGAUCCAAAAGGGUAUGAGUUCAACUUGGUUUCCAAAAGCUGUACCAGAGAGUGACUCUAAGAACCACUUGUCUCUUAAUUACACCAAGGGGUCGUAGGGCUGGAGGGAAGACAAUCCUUAAAAUAAGUGAUCAGU